AUGUUUACGAUAUGGAAGAAGCUAUUUUAUUUAUUGGACGAAAACGGCAACGGCUACAUCGACCGCAAAGAAUUCACGAACGUAUUCGUGGAUCAUCUUGAUGAUUUGUUGGAAACUUCAGACGGCCAAAAGCUAAUGCAAUUGUUAUUUGGAGUCGACAACAACCAAUGCAGCAGCAUUUCGCCAACACAAGAGCAAAUUGCGGCGGUAUUUUCUGUGAUGGACACGAAUCGUGAUAAUGAAAUCGAAUGGUCCGAGUAUCUACGCUUUCUACAACAGCGACAGCAGCAGCUCUUUACAACAGAGGGAGAUGAUGAAACUCCUGCGACCGAUGUGCUUGAAGUAAAACCGGAACAGAAGCAAGAAUUGAGGAAGAAAAACCGUGAAGAUACGCGAACAUCAUCAUCCAAUCCAGCAAACGAGUCAGAUCAAGAUGAAAUACCACCAGAAGAAACGAGAGAUAAGCCAAGAAGCAAGCCGUCAAAACAAGAGCCUGCAGCGUCGAAACGCCCUGUUAAAGUAUCGUCAAGUGAAGAAAAGCUAUUGAAACUUCAGUACUCAAACCAAGAGCAGAAUCGUUUGCAACAGCAAAUUACGUCUCUGGAGACAAUUCUCGCCAUAGAACGUCGGCGAUAUGCUGAGCUCGCAGCAGAUCGCCAGGCGUUAAUGCGAUCGUAUCAGCAGUUGCAUCUGAAACACCAGAGCGAAAUCAUUCAGGAACAAACCAAGACAAAGUGGAUGAAACAGACUAUUGAGCGCCAGCAACAACAACUGGAAGAACGAGAGAAACUCCGACAGAAUCAUAAUCAAGCGUCGAUAGUGUUACAGUCAACAUUCCGCUCUCGCCUGGAGCAGAAGCGCUAUCAGGGAAUUAAACUCCAGCGAGUCAAUGCAGCCAUCACCAUACAGUGUACGCGCAUCUGGAGGCAGCUAUCUGUAUUCAAGCUGCGUGGAGACGACAACAGCAGCACACGGUCCGUAAACGAGCGAAAGAAGGGAUUCCAUGGCUAG